AUGGCCGAGAAGAUGGGACAUGUAAUUAUCUCCUACAUUCUCCCUCUCCUCAUCCUCCUACCCGCCGGCGAAACCCACGCGCACGACGUCACGCGCCUCUUAGCAAAACACCCUUCUUUCUCGUCCUUCAACCAUUACCUAACCCGAACUCACCUCGCCGACGAAAUAAACCGGAGAACCCCCAUAACCGUCUGCGCCGUCGACAACGCCGCCAUGUACGCCUUAACCUCUAAAGGCUACACAGUCUCGACUCUCAGAAAAAUCCUCUCCCUCCACGUCCUCCUCGAAUACUUUGGCGCCAAGGAACUCCACCAGCUCCAAGGCGCCUCAGCUCUCGCCCCCACUCUCUUACUAGCCACCGGACCUUCUCCCGUAACCACCGAGUUCGUCAAUAUAGGCGUUGAGGUCGGGUCCGUGACCGGGUUCGUCAAUAUAACGGAUCUGAAAGGCGGCAAGGUCGGGUUCGGUAGCGAAGGCGGAGGUCUAAUUGAUUCCUCCUUCGUCACGUCCCUAGAAGAAGUUACUAACAAUAUCUCCAUUAUCCAGAUCAGUGGAAUCUUACUGUCGGAUGCUGCUUCGGCUCCGUGA